CUGAGCUCUAACCAAUCGUAUUACUCGCAGUCAGAGACGGGUGGAGCCUUAGGAAGGAACGAGAAGUAACGCCACCAUCUCCUCUGACAGAGAAGCAGAGCAUCACUGAGGAGGAGACCGUUUUGGACCUCAGCUGCAGUCUGAGAGAGAAAGCAGGAUGGAAGGAGUGAGUGAAGAUGACCUCUGCUGGCUGCAGCUGGAUGACUUCAGGAUGCUGCUGAUAAAAAACAUUGACCCGUCCAGAAUCACUCCUUAUCUCCGCCAGUGUCAGGUGAUCACUGCUGAGGAUGAGGAGCAGCUCUUCCAUGACCCCACCCUGGUCAUCCGGAGGAGAAAAGUUGGAGCUCUUCUGGACAUGCUUCAGAGGACGGGUAUGAAAGGUUAUACCGCCUUCCUGGAGAGCCUGGAGCUGGAUUACCCUCAGUUGUACAGCCGGAUCACAGGGAAGGAGCCCAACAAGACCUUCAGCAUCCUCAUCGACACAGCAGGAGAAUCAGGUCUAACCCAGUUCUUGAUGUCGGAGCUCAGCCGCCUGCAGAGGGUUCUUCAGGAUGAGAGGAGAAGACGGCAGCAGGCAUGCUCUGUUGCCAAGGAACAGGAGGCGUGGUCUCGCCAGCAGAAGCUGAAGGACCGCGAGCUGAAGAAGCUGACUGAGCGCGUGCAGAAGCUGCGGGAGGAGAGGGAGCAGCUAAACGAGGAGUUGAAGCAGCUGCGAGAUCACAACUACAAUCUGAUGGCAGACAUCAACACUCUGAACCAGGAGAAGAGCAACGCCCUGCUGGCUAACAGGGACCUGCAGAUAGAGGUGGAGCGCCUGAAGCACACACUUCUGCGAGCUGAGAGCGAGACUCGGCUGCUCAAACGCCGGACAAUGAGGCCGCUGCAGCAGAGCAGGAACCUGACUCUGCCCUCGGACGUCUGCCUUCAACCCAAUGUCCAGGAGGAGCUGAAGGAGAAACCCACACAGGAGAAACAUGAGGAGGCGCAGGAGGAGAAAAAGCCAGAGAAGAAGGAAGAAAACUUGAAGGACGGGCAGCAGCGACAUGGCUGUCGAGCUCCUCAGAUGAACCUCAUCACAACCGUGUUCAGACUGAGGAGGGAACUCCACAAAGCGGAGGAGCAGAGAGCUAAGAGUGUGGAGGAGAGGGAGGAUCUGAUGAUGCGCUGCACUCAGCUGAAAGGAGACGCCAAGAUGUACCGCCAGCAGAACAAACAAACGGUGCGGCAGCUGGAGGAGGUGAUGAGGGAGAGAGACAAGGCUCUGCUGUCGCAGGCGCAGCAGCAGGAUGAAGCCAGACUGCACCUGCAGGAGAAGGACCAGUACAGGGAGCGCGUCAGGCAGCUCACCGAGAAGUCUGACAAGCUAGAGCUCCUUUUGCUGAGGUCACAGGGGGAGGAGCUCCAGCUGAGGACACGCCUCCGCAAGAUGACCUUCAACUCUCACCUUCAGCUUGAGAGCAUGAGCAGCGAGGAAGAGGAGGAGCCCAGCGAGAGCGCCGCUAAAGGCAGCAGCGAGGAGGUCCCUAGCGGGAUGUCGGGGGAGAACGAGGAGGUUGCAGCUCAGCCAAAGGAGCAGAGUUGUCAUGUAGAGGGCCCCGCAGAGUCAGAGCAUAGACCUUGCAGUGCUGCAUCAUGGGAUGAACAGACUGAGGUAUUUUUAUCCUCCUUAAAUCGUUGCCAAUUUGCUCAGCGCAGGAAACGAGCCCUGAGGUCAAAGUUCACCAACGGAGGGUCUGCAGCCUGUAACUUGGGGGAAAGCACCAGCAGUGAAAUCACUGAAUCGGACUGAAGUCAGCUGAGGUUUGGAGAUCAGCUGCUGGGACCCGAGCUUCAGUCCUCAGGGUUUCGGUCUGGUUCUAAGUUAUGGCGCAGGAUGAAAGAACCUCCAUUUCCUGUUCUGGAUAAUUUAUGUUAGUUCUUCUACAGCAUGUUUUAUUUCUAUUAGUUCAAAAAAAAUAAAUGUUUUACUAUUAUUUCUAAGGAAAAACUGAGCCUGUUCAUUAAAAUAUCUGAACCAGCCACUGGGCCAGAAUCCUCUCUGGGGGUUUUAGCCACUGUUUGAUGCUUGCAGGUCUCUCAGUUAUUUAUUUCCCUCCCGUCUUAAUAAACACGUUCAGGAAAAUGACUGACUCUGAUCUACAGUAAAAAUAUAACAACUACUAAAUGUUUUGUAGUUCAAUGAUGAAGCCUUUUAA